AAUGGCAAAACCACAUUCUAUCUGUCUAACCCUUUUUGUAUCCUCAACAAAACCAAUCUCUCAUUUGUUCUUCUGCACAAUCUCUAUCACUUUAUAUUUCUCCCUCUCCUCUGAUAAGGAAAGGUCGUAGAAGAAACCAAAGACUAAAGCAAAGAGUUUUAAUAGAACUCAUCUAUACAAAAAACCCCAAAAAGAUACAUAUAAAAUGGGUGGUGUUAAGUUGUUACUCAUUGUUGGUUUCUUGAUCUUAGCUAUGGUAGCUACAUCCGUCAAUGCGACCUACCCAUUGACUAAAUCUUGCAUCAACGGGCAAGGUUGUAUCGGAGAUGAUGAUGAACUAGAAUCUCUAAUGGAUUCAGAGACAAACCGACGUCAACUCGCUAGAGGACGUCGUUACAUUGGCUACGAUGCUCUUAAAAAGAAUAAUGUUCCUUGCAAUAGACGUGGUAGAUCUUACUACGAUUGCAAGAAGAGGAGAAGGAAUAAUCCUUAUAGGCGUGGAUGCAGUGCGAUCACGCAUUGUUAUAGGUACGCUAAGUGAUAACAAAAUGAUAGAGAAGAGGAUUCGAUUCAACACCGUUCGAUCUUCAUUCUUCAUUCUUGAUCAUUAAUGGUUUUCUUUCGUAAUGUACUCUAUGAUUCUAAGAUUGCAAUUAUUUUUUUGUAUUUUCUUUCUUUAUCUAAUCAUAUCAUCCUGAUACAUAUACAAGAUUUUGAUUCUUCGAUAUAUAUCGGCUAUUUUCCUUCGUUGUUGUCCGUUUAUUUCGUUUCGUUCAUAUAUUAAUUAAGUUUCGUUUGUCUA